AUGAAGCUGCGAUGUCUCGUGGGCUUUGCCCUUUCGCUGGCGGUCGCGACUGCAACCAUCAUUCCCGACGAUGUGCCCGAUCCCAAUGAUAGCGCGGUCAAGCGACAUCUUGUGGCACGGUCGGCCAUGAUCACCCUGGAGAAAAGGCAGCGACAAGACCAUGAGUUCCGUCAGAAUCUCUCGGUCGUGGUCCGCCAGGCUGAUGUGAUCGUCCAGGCCAUCCGUCAGGAAGAGAUUGAGGACUACUGGAGGCAAGCUGGGACGCCGGAGCGUCCAGAAGAUGAGAGAUUCGCCGGAGAGAUGUUCCCGCUCGCCAGGCCCUACAUCAAUGCCACCAAGCUCUGGCAGAUUGUGAAGCGCAUGCCCAAGGGGGCUUUGCUCCACGCUCAUCUCUCAGCCAUGUUGCCGUACGACACGAUUCUCGAGACAAUCAUCGAGACAGAAGGCAUGGUGAUCUCCACAUCACAGCCCAUCCUCGAUGAGCGGAGCGCUGAAAAUGCGACCGUAACUUUUGCGCAUGUCAAUACAACCAUUAACACCUCUGCGGAGACGAUCUCCUCCGCGGACUAUGUCCCCAAUACUAAGGUUUCCGUCAAGAUCACGGCCGACCAAUUUCCCCGCGGCCGUUCCGGCUUCAUUGAUUUCAUGAAGUCAAAGCUCACGAUCCUGCCAGAGGACUCCAUCCGCCAUGAGCUCGGUGUCGACGAGAUCUGGAGACGGUUCCAGGCGUGUUUCGGACCAACAGAUAGUAUGCUCAGCUAUGAACCGGUCGUCAGGACGUUCUACCAGAAGUUGUUCGAAAGCCUCGUGGACGAUGGUAUCAACUGGGUUGAGAUCCGCAGCGGCGGAUCGAGCGGCAAGUUGGUCCACACCGGCCAGGAAGACGUUGAUCCGGACCUGGAUGUCUGGUGGGAGGUGAUGCUGGACGAGCUGGACAAGUUCCAGGCCACUGACAAGGGAAAGCACUUCUGGGGAGCGCGAGUGAUCUGGUCUGACACUAGAAGCAAGGACCGCGAAAAGAUCACCAAGAGCAUGAAAAUUGCCCUUGGGCGCAAGCAAAAGUUCCCCGAGCUGUUCAGUGGCUAUGAUCUGGUGGCGCAAGAGGACCUCGGCCGUCCUCUCUCAGACCUGGCUCCGGAAUUGAUCUGGUUUCAGGAGCAGACGCAGUAUCUCAACCUGACCAUCCCUUUCUUCUUCCAUGCCGGCGAGACCCUUGGGGAUGGCAAUUCGACGGACUACAACCUGGUGGACGCGAUUCUUUUCAAGUCCCGCCGCGUUGGACACGGAUUCUCCUUGUACAAGCACCCCAAGCUGAUCGAAGAAGUGAUCGACAACGCUGUCAUGGUGGAAGUGUGUCCCAUUUCGAACGAAGUGUUGCGCCUGGCGACCGAUAUUCUGCAUCAUCCCCUGCCUGCCAUGAUCGCGCACGGUGUUCCCACCGCCAUCAGCAACGAUGAUCCAGCCAUUCUAGGACAGGACAUUGCUGGCUUGAGCUAUGAUUUCUAUCAGACCAUCCAAGGAUUUGACAAUAUCGGUCUGGCUGGAUUGGGAGCUCUAGCACAGAACAGUCUUCGCUGGUCCAACUUUGAGGACCAAAGCGAUGCCGACUGGCUCCGAGAUAUUGAUCUGGCAGCGCGCGGUGAUGGGCUCAAGGCUCAGCGCAUGCAACACUGGAACCAGCAGUGGGAGGAAUUCUGUCAGUGGAUCGUGUCAGAAUACGGCAAAGAGUAUCCGGUCUCUGCAGUCGCCUUGUGA